CUUAGUACUUCCUGCUCCAGACCAGCUGACUGUUGACUCAGUGGACACCACAUCAGCUGCUGUUAGCUGGAACCAGCCACCAGGAUUGGACCAAACCCAACAUCAUUACCAGAUCUCCUACCACUGUCCAGGGACAGAACCACACAUCACUACCACAUCUUCACACAGCAUCACUCUCUCUGACCUGCAACGUGGUACUAAGUACUCUGUCACUGUCUGCACUGUGCUGGAGAAUGGAACGCAAAGUCAACUGGUGUCAACAACCCUCACCACAGGACCUUUUCUCAGGGAGCUGUUGUCAAAGACUGGAAUAGAAGAUCAUUAUGAAAACAAGCUGACGUUAAGUUCUGUCCUUGAGAUAAAUGCUGAUACUACAUCAGAUGAACCUCUUACCACUAUGCAGUCACUUCCAGGGGCCUUCCUGAAGAAAUUAAUGAUGGCAAAUGUGAAUGCUAGGAGUGUGAAAUGUCUGACCACUGGCCAGGAGGUUUCCUAUUGUGGUGUAGACAACCUGACCACUGACACUGAUACCAGCAAUGUAAUUAAUCCACUGGACCUGAUAACUGCCCUGUUUCUGUGUUCAGAUGGUUUCCUGCAGCAGGAGAUGGUCCAGAAAAUGUCCAUGUGUCAGUUUGCUGUUCCUCUGCUGCUGCCCAACUGUGACACAAAACAAAUCACUUUGAUGCUGUGGGCUUUGAGGGACAUAGUGAGGAAAUUUAGACCCUCUUCCCAAAUGGCCACAAAUGCUUUUGUGGAGGACAGACUUGUUGUCUCUGAUAUUCCUAUGGUGUCCUUUGUUAGGUUAGGAGAGAGCAGCUUGUCCAAGUCUCAGAUUUUGAACAAGUUGCUUAGUAACCCUCAACAGUACCAUGACACAUUUGUUCAUCAUGAUAUGGAAUGUGGAGAUGUCCCUCGUCAAAUCUCAGAUGGUCUGGUUGAAAUCAGCUGGUACUUUCCAUGUGGGAACCGAAACAUAGACAUGUUCACUAAGCCUGUGGCGGUGGCCAAUCUCAGAGGAGACAUCAGGUCCUUUGAAACACAGUUCUCCUUUCUGUGUCAAACAUGAGCUGCAGUUUACAUUUUCAUUGAUGAUUUUGAGGCAGAUCUCAAGGUUUUGGAUGGAAAAAUCACAAAAACAGAGUUAUUUCUGGUUGUCAAUUCUCAGAAAGAAACAUUCAGGGUGGACACAUUGAAGAAAAUGAUCACAAACUACAGUAUCAACCCAACAAAUGUGAUUGUGAAGAAGAAGCAGAAUGAUGCAGAAUUUGUCAAAACCCUGCAGUCAUCUGUAGGUGACAUCAUCGAAAAAAGUAAAAACAGAUUGACAAUUGAAAACAUGGCUACCGUGGCUUGUCAGAGUAAGAUUCUGAUUGAUGAAGACAGUGAUGAGUGUCAGAGUGCCAGGAAGAUGGCAGAUAAAAUCACCAGUAACAUCAAAGACACAAUUACAUUCAAAGACCAACAGCUACCCUUACAAGGAACAAUCUGGAAAGAGCUUUCCCAGUUGGAGAAAGAGACGUGUAGACUGAGGAAAGCAGGGGAUCAAAACAUUGAACACUACAAGAGCUCUCUGAAGAAAAAGGUGGAAGAGCUGAGAAAGAAACAAUAUACAUUUGACAUGUCAGAUGUAAUGGCAAGCUUCAUUUUAGGAAUGUCAAAAUCAGGACCUGAGCGAUCCUAUUUCCUCAAAUGGAUGCGGAUAAAUCUGGACAAUCUCUCACGGCAGAACCUGUCUGGUUUGCGGGACCGGUACAAAAAGCUUUGCCAACAUUCUCAGGAGAAAAAAGACGAAAUUAAAGAUUUGGAUAAGCAAUUAUCUGAUUGUUCCUUGGGUCUUGAACACUUCCUGCGUGAGUUGGGCCAGUUAUGUGAAGCUGCCUGCUCCCUCCCUGAAGACAGUCCUCAAAGGAAACAGAUGGAGCAUCUCCCUGGAUUGUGUGCUCAGAUGCUGUUGGAUUGUUUCCCCAUUGAGCUUGUGGAUGGAGAUGCAUCAAAUAUCCCUCUGAAAUGGAUAUCAGCUGUUCUGACUCAGCUUCAUACUCUUGUGGACUCUAACAGCAAGAUCCGAGUUGUUACAGUUUUAGGGGUCCAAAGCACUGGGAAGUCCACUCUCCUCAACACCAUGUUUGGGGUCCAGUUUGCUGUCAGCAGUGGAAGAUGCACCAGAGGGGCCUUCAUGCUACUGAUUAAAGUCAACAAAGAUUUCAAGGAGGAACUGAAAUGUGACUUCAUCAUGAUCAUUGACACAGAGGGGUUGAAAUCACCAGAGUUGUCUCAACUAGAUGAUAGCUAUGAACAUGACAAUGAACUGGCCACACUGGUGAUAGGACUCAGUGAUGUCACUAUCAUCAACAUCGCCAUGGAGAACUCCACAGAGAUGAAAGACAUUCUACAGAUUGUUGUUCAUGCUUUUAUCAGGAUGCAGGAAGUGGGGAAGAAGCCAGUAUGUCAUUUUGUGCACCAGAAUGUGUCAGACAUGUCUGCACAUGACAACAACAUGAGAGAGCGGAAGAAGUUGUUGGAACAGUUGAAUGAAAUGACCCAGGCAGCAGCCAGAAUGGAGAAGAAGGAGAAUAUCACCAAGUUCACUGAUGUGAUGGAGUAUGAUCCAGACACAAGCUGCUGCUACAUCCCAGGACUCUGGCAUGGGACUCCCCCGAUGGCUCCAGUCAAUGCAGGCUACAGUGAGGCUGUGUACAACUUCAAGAAGACCUUGAUGAAAGAUUUCAGAAUCUGCCAGAGAAAUGAUGACAUGACACAUUUCCUGAAGUGGACACAAACCUUGUGGGAGGCAGUGAAAUUUGAAAAAUUCAUCUUCAGUUUCAGAAACAGCUUGGUUGCAGAUGCCUACUCCAGAUUAUGCUCUGAGUACAAUGGUUGGGAAUGGGCCUUCCAGAAGGAAAUGUAUAGAUGGAUGAUGAGUAGUGAAACUAAAAUAUCCAAUAUUGGAGUGACAGAUCAACAUCCCCAGAGGUCCAUAAGAGAUGUGCUACAAGACUUAAUUAUAGAAGCAUCUGGGAAACUGUCAGAGGGAGAAAAGGAAAUCCAAGACAAUCUAGUAAAAUACUUUGAAAAACAAGAUGGCCAUGUCAAUCUGGUGGAAAAAUACAAGGAGGAUUUUGUGUCCAGCGCUAAAACACUGAGAAAGGAGAUAGAAAACACGGUGAAGAACAAAUUAAAUGGAUUUGUUGAAAUCAAAGAGGGAAUGACAGAACUGGACAUCAUCAAAAGAUCUCAGACAAGUACAAUGGAAAAGCAGGUUCUGACUCUGCUGCAGAACUGUAGACAGAAAAAAUUUGUUUUAUCAGAUGAGGCCCUCAGUGAAGAGUUUGAAAACAUGUGGAGGAAAACUCUUUCUGAUAUACACUUCAAUGGACUCCCAAGUAGAGAUGUGGCUCAAGAUGCCUUCCUCAUGUUACGUGAUAAUCUGACAACGAGGGGGAGUCAUGUCAACAAGAUGGUGGUUGGAAACAGUCUGGUGGAUUGUGGGAGAAAAGCCUUUGUUGUGGAAUCAGAGAGUUGGUGGCAGCAGGCUAAAAACAUAGCAAAGUACGAUGAUCCGAAAUAUCACUGGAAAAAACUACAAGACCUCUGUGAUGACAUCAUAACAAAGUGUCAGGAGUUUGUAACCCAGAGGGUGAAAAGCAAAACAGAUUACCAUGGCACUCACAUCAAAGAACUGCUUAGAAUAAUUGAAAAAACAUUACAACAACACACACAAGUUAAAGUCAGUGAGGAAUGUGAGGUUUCUCUCAAACAACACAUCUGUGGCAGAGCAGCCAGAGAGUUCCAGAAGAUGCAUAAUGAUUUUAUUGAAGUUAAUGACCCACGGAAGUGUCUGGAACUGUCUAAGAACAAGUACCUUACUGAGUUCAGAGACUUGUUUCAUAACCGAGACCAGUGCCUAAAGAAAGCUGAGGAGUUCACAGAGCUCUGUCUAGAGCCAGCUGUACAGGCUUAUGUGACCAAAAUGAUUGGUCCUGAUGUGGUUGAUGAAGUGAAGACAGGUGAAGGGUCAAAGGAUUACAGCACCCGAGGGGCUUUCCAGUUCUCCAUUUUUAAACAGCUCCUGAUGGAUGGAGAAUAUGAGAAAUAUAGAGAGUACAUUAACCAUUAUGAAAGGUUUGUAAAGGACUGGCUGUUUGACCAAAUUGUCCAACAACUGUCAGAGGAGAACAGUCUUAAGAAACUAGAGAUAAAACAUCUGUCAGAGAUAGUCCAAAUCAUAAUUGCUGCCAUUUCAAAUGUCCCCAGUAAAGCUACUGUAAAUGAUAUCAAGAUGUUCAUUGGCAAUAUUUGCAAUGUCCUUGGAGAGAAGCUUGUCUUUCCCAAAGAUGCUCUGGAUUCCAUUCUGAUGCUUAUUCUUCAAGAUGCAAACACAAAGCAGUUUGCUCUUUACCUCACAGAGUUUGUGAGAGAAAUGGAGCAGUCACUGGCAGCUGAGUACGACAAGGGAGGAGACAUCAAAGAGAGACUCAGAUCUCUUCCAUUCAAGCCUCAGGACGAGAUGUUCACCAGUCUGUUUGGCUGUGGAAAACAAUGUCCCUUCUGUGGUGUACCUUGUGAGGCAGGGGGGAAAGAGCACUCCGAACACCAUGCCUCCAUUCAAGGUAUCUGUGGUUAUAGGGAUCGUUAUUCACAUAAAUUAGUAAAUGAGAUAUGUUCAUCUCUUGUGGUUAGUGACGGUACAUUCUCCAAUGCCGAGACUGGAGGAACAUUUCACCCCUGCAAGGACUACAAGACACAUUACCCUGACUGGAUCAUAACUGGAGAUUCCAGUAUGGAUGCUUCAGACUACUGGAAGUAUGUGAUGGCCACAUUCAAUGAGAGAAUCGCUGAAGACACAAAUGCACUCCCUGCUGAUAUCCCAGAGGGCUGGAAGGCAUUAACAAGUGAUGAUGCAAGGAGAAGCUUGAAAAAGUCAUUCAACAUGGAAUAAAGAACAAUAUAAUGAGUUGUUAACCAAAACCAUGAUUGACUUUUCAUAGAGUUAUGACGUUUUAGCAAUUUACAGAUUGAAACGAAUAGCAUUUUCUAAUCAGAUGUAGAUGUAAGCAAAGUGCUUUAAGCAAAUUCAGAAGUCCUACAAAUAAGAAAAGAAAACAUGAACACCAACAGGUUAACCAACAGAUUCACAGUGUUUUACUUGAUAAUGUCCAUAGAUAAACACAAUACAAAAGGUAACUAAGGAGCUAGUCUAGAUAAACACAAUACACAGGUAACUAAGAAGCUAGUCUAGAUAAACACAAUACACAGGUAACUAAGGAGCUAAUCUAGAUAAACACAAUACACAGGUAACUAAGGAGCUAGUCUAGAUAGACACAAUACACAGGUAACUAAGGAGUUAGUCUAGAUAAACACAAUACACAGGUAACUAAUGAACUAGUCUAGAUAAAUACAAUACACAGGUAACUAAUGAACUAGUCUAGAUAAACACAAUACACAGGUAACUAAGGAGCUAGUCUAGAUAAACACAAUACACAGGUAACUAAGGAGCUAGUCUAGAUAAACACAAUACACAGGUAACUAAGGAGCUAGUCUAGAUAAACACAAUACACAGGUAACUAAGGAGCUGGUCUAGAUAAACCCAAUACACAGGUAACUAAGGAGCUAGUCUAGAUAAACACAAUACACAGGUAACUAAGGAGCUAGUCUAGAUAAACACAAUACACAGGUAACUAAGGAGCUGGUCUAGAUAAACACAAUACACAGGUAACUAAGGAGCUAGUCUAGAUAAACACAAUACACAGGUAACUAAUGAACUAGUCUAGAUAAACACAAUACACAGGUAACUAAGGAGCUGGUCUAGAUAAACCCAAUACACAGGUAACUAAGGAGCUAGUCUAGAUAAACACAAUACACAGGUAACUAAUGAACUAGUCUAGAUAAAUACAAUACACAUGUAACUAAGGAGCUAGUCUGACAUUGUUAAUUUAGUUUCAAUUAUAAUAAUUAUAUUCUGUCAUUUACUUACCAUCUAACCUAUGGCUUGAUAGGUCCCUGUUACAUCACAGAUUAGUGAUUCGAGUGGACUGCAUGGUUCAGUGGGAAACAGUUCGCUUGGCUUUUGUUUUAAUUUGUAUUUUUAUUGUGAAAAGCUGCAUUUCUUGUUUCAUAUAGAGUUAUUUACUGCACCUUAAUAGUGAUUUGUUCAGUGACGUGGCCGGUUUUGAAGUUAUUUCCCAACGUCCUCAAUUUCAAAGUCAAUUAUGAUUUUAUUUUUGAUGAUGUUGAUGAUUUUAUUUUUGUAGUUGAUGAUGAUGAUGAUGAUGUUGAUGAUUUUAUUUUUGCAGUUGAUAAUGAUGAUGAUGAUGAUGAUGAUGUUGUUGAUGAUUUUAUUUUUGUUGUUGAUGAUGAUGAUGAUGAUGAUUUUAUUUUUGUUGUUGAUGAUGAUGAUGAUGAUGAUUUUUUUUUUAUUGAUGAUGAUGAUGAUGUUGAUGAAAAAAAAAUUCUGCAGUGAACAGACAUAUUUACAGACAUAUUGUGAAAUAAUUAUUAUUAUGUUCACUUGGAAUCUGUUGUCGGCUAUACCAUUUUAAUCAGCUGAGACACUUAAUACAUUCAUCCUAUAGUAAUAAAAAAAUCCAUAAUUGGCCACUAGAUGGUGGUGUUGGUAUGUGGAAAUGUAAACAGACCAAUUGCUUAAAAAUCCCUUCUCUCCUUGUCUCCUCCCUUGAAUCCUCACUGAUUGGCAGAUGACUGAAUUUUAGACGACUGAGAAAGAGCCAAAGUGUAUAAGGGUAGAGUUGUGUGUUGAAUAAAAUAACUAGUCAUUGGUUCUAUAGUUUUGAAGACCGAAAUAUAAACCUAUAUAUUCUCAAUUAUUAUAAUCCUAUAUAUACCCAAUAUACAGUAUGUAUCCAGUAUAUUCUAUAUAGUAUAUGCAUGCACUGUGUGAAUCAGUAGAAUGUAAAUACUGUGUUGGAAUCCUCACUCCUGUUCAGAAAUCAGAAACCACACUUAAAACGGUCACAGACAAUCUGACAGAGAAAUUCCUCUAGCUGCUCAUUCUGGACCAGUGAAUACACUGACCAAGACAUUCUGAAACCUGAGUUGUUGACCAGAUAGAACCAUGUUUUAGUAAGUACCAUGUCAAUGCUCAUAGUAACAUGUUAGCUGUCUGUUAAUUAAACAUCAUGUUUAUGCCAUAUUUAAGUGGUUUUCACAUGUCAACUCUAUAAUUAUCGGUUGUAGUAACGAAUGAGGAACUAUCGACCAAAUCAAAUGUACUGUAGGGGUGGUUUUAGGCCCACCAAUUGUGUGUGAGUUGGCAACAUAAAAAGCAUGUAGAUCCUGACAUUGUCAAGGUGUUUGUUGAAGUGCAACCCUUCCACGUGGUGUAUUAAAAUAAUAUUGGACCUGGAGAA